CCGGCAAGGCACACUGCGCCCAGCCUAUCGUCGCCGGGAGCUUAAGAUGCAUAUAAAGAUAUAAGCGGGUUAUUCACCGAUACAGUUGACCGCACUCGGCUUAAACAGAGAUAAACGGUCACAAAAAACUAAUGAAGACGUUCAUAUUCACGGGAUUGUGAGCGCUGACCGUGGAGGGCUUCGAACAGCCGGCACCGGCAGCCCGCCGGGCAACGCCGAGUCGUAAAUCGAACAUCCACGCCUUUCAGGAAGUCAGUGGGGUUUUGUUGUAUUGUUGCUACGGAACUCGUGGAGUGGGCUUUAAACUUAGUAAACAGUAUUUGCCGCCUGUAAAACAUAGUUUUAUUUUUAAUUUUUAUAUUGGUCAGUUAGCUGUCCGUAUACCACGAUGCCACCUAAAAAGCGCAACUCUGGGACGACACAGAGCAAAGGUCUGAAGCCCAGUACUGAAAGUGCCCCUCCAGACAAGAAGGAGAGUCCAGAGUUAUCUCUUAAAAAACACAGAGACAAGGAUGCUGAGUUUGUGACCCUGUGCAAGAGCCUUCACGUCACAGACUUGGUGUGUGACCGUGCCUGGACCCUGUGGAAAAAUGUUCAAGAGUCCAUGGAUGAAGUCACUGACAGUCAGAAAAGGCUUUGGGGUGCUUGCCUGUUUGUGAUUGAGACAGACAUGGAUGUCGCCUGUUUCACCUUAACUCAGGUUCUGAAAGCAGUCAGUCUGAAUGUUAAGCAGUUUAUGGCACUGGUGAGGAAGUUGGAUGUGAACAUGGAUACAAUCAGCACCAAGGUAAAUUCAGCACUGACGCGACUGGAGAAGAAGUAUGAUGUGACACUGGCUCUCUACCAGAGGUUUGAGAAGACUUGCAAGAAAAUCUUUGCUUUGGUUUCCGAUGGGAAGGAGAGGGAGAUCAUGCGGAGCUGCUGGACAAUGUUUCUUUUGGCCAAAGGAAGGGUUUUGCAGAUGGAGGAUGACCUGGUCAUAUCAUUCCAGCUGCUGCUUUGUACGCUGGAGUUAUUCAUCAAGCGCUGCCCUCCAGACCUUCUGCAGCCUCUUUACAAAUCAGCCAUCAGUAAAGUCCAGAGCCCCCCAACACGAGCGUCUCGUCGUAACCAGAGCAAAGCCAAAUCCCGACCUCCUGAGCCAGAAGUGGAUGUGCAGCUUCUGGAAACCUUGUGCAAAGAGAAUGAAUGCAAUGCAGAAGAGGUGAAGAAUGUGUACCAGACCAGCUUCUCUGCUUUCCUGGACUCACUGGAUCUCUCUAGAUCCCAAGAUUUUCCUCAGGUGAAUGACUUUGACCAACAAUAUGAAGAACACUACCUCAAGAGCAGAGACAUUGAUGGACGGCUGUUUUUUGAUGGAGAUGAGACUGUUCUUGUGCCUAAAGUCGAAAUAUCACAGGUGGAGAGAACGCCAAAGAAGAACCUGCCAGAUGAAGACACUGCACUCAUCCCUCCACAGACUCCAAUCAGAGCUGCCAUGACCUCCAUUCAGCAGUUGAGGGGCGAUCUCAUCUCGACUGGGGACCAGCCAUCCACUAAUCUGGCCACAUAUUUCAAAAAUUGCACUGUGGACCCAACGCAGGAUGUGGUCAAACGGUUGGAGACUCUCGGACAGACGUUCAGCCAAAGAUUUGGUCAGGCAGUUGGCCCACGCUGUGUAAUACUUGGCAAACAGAGAUUUACCCUCGGUGUCAGACUAUAUUACAAAGUCAUGGAAGCAAUGUUGGAAUCGGAAGAGAAGCGACUGUCUGUGCAAAAUUUCAGUAAACUCCUCAAUGACUCCACAUUCCACACAUCACUGUUGGCCUGCGCUUUGGAGGUGGUCAUGGCAACAUAUGGAGAGAGCAGUUUUAAGGCUGGAGGAUACAGCCAUGGAGGUGGUGGUGGUGACACAGCUGAGACUGAUGUGUGCUUCCCCUGGAUACUGGAUGUGUUCAGCCUCGCCGCCUUCGAUUUUUACAAAGUCAUCGAGAGCUUCAUCAAGGCUGACCCCACUCUGAGCAAAGAUAUCGUCAAACAUCUGGAGACGUGUGAGAACCUCAUCAUGGAGAGGAUUGCAUGGAGGACGGGCUCCCCGCUGUUUGAACUGCUGAAACAGGAGCAUGAGGGUGGAGCGGCUGAACAGGUGGAGACCCCGGCCAGUUUCAGCCAACCACUGCAGCACAACCACACUGCAGCUGAUCUGUAUCUGUCCCCCAUGCGCCCUGGUCUUCGUGUCUUGCCCCAUGAGUCCACAGCCACAGCCUCUUCUCAAGCUUCCUCUCAGGCUCCGGCCCAGCCUGCUAGUCAGACUCCACGACACCGAAAGUCCAACUCUCUCAGUCUCUUCUAUAAAAAGUUGUACCGCCUGGCCUAUACAAGGCUGAAGAUGCUCUGCUCCUACCUGCUGUCCUCCCACCCUGAACUGGAGCCCAUCAUAUGGACACUCUUCCAGCACACUUUGCAGCACGAGUAUGAGCUGAUGAGAGACCGCCAUCUCGACCAGUUGAUGAUGUCAGCCAUGUAUGCCAUAUGUAAAGUGAAGAGUGUUGACCUGCGCUUCAAGACCAUUGUCACAGCAUACAAGAACAUGCCCAACACUAACCAGGAGACCUUUAAGCAUGUGUUGAUCACUGAGGGCCACUAUGACUCCAUCAUUGUCUUCUACAACCAAGUGUUCAUGCAGAGGCUGAAAACCAACAUCCUGCAGUAUGCAUCUACCAGGCCGCCUACCCUCUCUCCAAUCCCACAAAUACCACGCAGCCCCUACAAGUUCCCUAACUCACCUCUGCGCGUGCCUGGCAGCAACAACGUGUACAUCUCCCCCCUCAAAAGCCCACGCAUGUCCCCGGGUAUCAUGACUCCUCGCACCAGAAUGCUGGUAUCGAUCGGUGAAUCGUUUGGGCUGUCCGGUCGGUUCCAGAAGAUCAACCAGAUGGUCAACAGCAGCUCAUGUAAGAGGGCUCUGGAUCUUGGCCCCUCUCCAAAGCCUCUGAAGAGAUUGCGAUUCGAUGGUGAUGGACAGGAUGAAGCUGAUGGCAGCAAAUCUGGUGGAGAUUCCACACUGAUACAGAAGCUUGCAGAGAUGAGUUCCACUCGCAGUCGUAUGCAGGAGCAGAAGAUGAAGGAAGAGGAAGCAAAAAAAGAGUAACUCUAAACCCUACUGAACUGACCUGCACUGUUUGUCACAACGUGAACACUAGCUUUUGUUCACACAGAAAAUGAAACAUAAGUUUCUCAGUUUCUCUGUACAUUUAGCAUUGGAUUUUAGUUUUAGUAUUUAACUUUGUGUUUGAGGAGUAAUAUGUGAAUAUGGAGGACUUUCUCCUCUCUUUUCCUUUUUUGUUGAUGCUUUAACUGAGUGUUUUAACUGAAUAAUGAUUGACUUCAUUGAAUUUGAUUUGAAUUUGACUUAUUGGAGAUUAAGUAUGUUUGUUUUUUUUAAAAAAAGGUAUUAAUUUGUGGAUGUUGUAAGAAAUCAAUGUUUUCACUCUCAAGACUGUUCUCAUUUGUCAAAAGCUUUGUAAGGACACUGCUGGUUUUCUUGUUGUCACCAGUUGGUUGAGUCGUAACCAUCGUCGGGACCUUCACAUGCUGACCUUUUUCUUUUUGACAGAGUCAUUUCAGAUUUUUAUUUUUCAAUCAUGAUGCAACAUUUUUAGUGUUAAAUCAUGAUUACCCUCCUCAAAAAAGAGUAAAAGUCAGCCUCAGAAGGAAAUUCCUUUUGGAUAUCAUACUUGAACUUGUUUAACAUCUUAAGAAAGUUUCAUUUGUGCCAUAAAAUGAGAACUAUGAAACAAUCAAAUAUCAUCUAAAGGAAAAUCAGACAUAAUUUGCACUCAACCAAAAUUCAUUAUUAUGUAGUAGUUUUGUUACAGAUGAUGUUUCUCUCUGGUGUAGUGUAUAAUUUUGUAGUAACUUCUGCUUUAUUUUUGGGUGGUAAAAAUACUUCAUACAUCAAUUGCAAACUCCUAAUGUGUUUCAACUGAAGGAUUUUUUUUAUGUUUGCAGUCACAAUUUUCUACAGAUAAGUUAGUAAAUUUUAGGUUUUGAAAAUGGGUGUUGGAGGAUUUGGUGAAAUAUUGCUAAAAUGUCAACUACCAGAGUUUUUAAAUUAAAAUGUGUUUAUAUUGUACUUUAUUGAAGUAGCUCGUUUACAUAGUAAAUAUUUCUUUUGAAAAUAUAAUUUUGUUUUUGUUCUUUUUUGCAUGGAGGUCAUUAUAUGUUUUUCUCUUUUUUGCUAAUAGGUUGCUAUGAAUGUAAUGUUGAUUUUCUGCAGCCAGCAGUAGCCAAAGCCCGUUUGGAGUAAGUGACCAUCUAAUGGCCUGAAGAACGUUUAACUGUUUUCUGGUCUUAUUUUGGUUUGUGUUUUUUCUUGAUACACCGACAGUGUUGUUAGAUUUCUCUGAUUGUUAUCUGUCAGAAAGUAUUUUUAAUUUCUUUCCAGCUUCUCACAAAAUAGAUUUUUAAAAAUUUCCUGUUGUGUUGGCUAAACUUUGGAGAAAUAUGAUUUGAGUAUUUGUUAUGGAAAAAGAUGCCACACUCUCUUUAUCAAGCUGUAUUGUCCAGAACACUGUUUCACAAAACAAUGUCAAAGCUAAGAUGAUUGUAACAUCCAUUUUAGGAACCCCAACUUAACACACCAACACUUUCAACCUUUCAAUCAUCCAUUAUCAGGAAACUGAACCCAUAUGAAUGACAGUUUAUCUCAUCUCACAGUUCUGAUUUUCCAUCACAUUCUUCUUAGACAGAAAAUAGAUUUUGGAAUUGUAUUUUAUUACCUCCUGCGCCAUCAAAAGAAUUGCAGUCAUGUCAGAGACCUCAUCUUAAGGUCCAACAUGGUCCUUUCCCUCCCUCUGCUGUGGAAAAAAUGUGUUUACAGCUGCAGCCUGUCGGGGUUCAUUUCUGAACAAGAUUAAUGUUCAAUAAGAUAACUGACAAAUCAAUUAAUUCAUAAAUUCAAUUAUCAAUAUCAUCAAUUAUUAUGAUCCCCUUCACUGUGGUUGACUGAAAUAACUGACAUUUGUUAAAUGUAAAAUGUAUUAGGUCUUUGGUGAGUCCUGCGUCAUUAACCGUCAUGUUGUCACACAUUUAACACUAAAAGAAAUACACAUUUGUACUUUACAAGA